CAAAAACCUCACUGCACAAAUCCAUAUCGCGAUACUCUAUAUGUGCAUACAUUCUGUAUCUACAUAUCCAGAGCAACUGUAGAAUUCCGUCGCCCUGAAUCUUCGUCUCAGCCUGGAUGUUCCUAAAUAAACGGACAUGCCAUGGAAGUUUUAAAUGCGUCAUACCGAUGCUCGUGAGAAGAGUAUCGCCACUAUACCUACUAUCUCCAUCCAAUAACGUCUUCCACCGACACACAAACAGUGUCCCUGCCGUGUGUCGUUGAGAGAGUGGAACCCGCUUGCGCCUCACGAUGGCCUCUCAACAGGACGGUAACACCAUCUACCUCACCGAGCAGGAAGCGGAGCGUAUUCGGAACACGGUGAAAGAACGGGCGAGAAAGUGUUCCGAGCUUGAAGGCCAGGCACGGGAGCCUAGGGACCCGAAAGGCGCCAUCAGUCAAGCGACCGGCGCCGCGCUGAUGGCCGAUAUGGCUGCCGCGUCGAUCACCGGUCCGGCGCCGCGCAGGAACCAGGGAGACUCGGUGCCAGCUCUCGCCAUAGGACAGCCGUACCCACCAUGCAUCGUCCCGCUGGCCGACUUGGAGCCGAUGACGCUUGCUGAUUUGCGCAUGGAGACGCAUCACCGCCGCCGUCGGCUCACCGUCAAGAAAGCCAGCCCGGUAGUCCCUCACGUGGCGCGGUCGUGGACCAUGGUGCAGGACAUCGAGGGAGAGGAGGUAGAACGCCUCGAGCUGUACCUGCACAAGUCGAGGCACGGCCGAGACAUACUGACGGAGGCGUCGGUCAUGGUGAUUAAGGAGCCGUAUUUUACCCUCAGCGACGAUGGCGAGCCUACCCUCCGCGUCGACCACCCUUCGGACAUGAUUGUCUAUGGCGACGAGGAGGAGAGUAGCAGCUCGGCCCCCACAGACGGGCCGGACGGCGAGGCCGAGGACGUAGCAGCGGUUACGGACAAGGCGAGAUCAUACAAAGACAAGGGCAACGCCGCGCUCGCGGACAAAAAUGCUACCCUAGCGCAUGUCUAUUAUACGAGGGGCUUAGAACUCGCCCGUCAAGACAAGGUGUUCAGCAGUAGUCCUGACCUCGCCCGUGAUCUGUCUCGCAACCGCGCCCAUGUCAAUCUCGUGCUCAGCCAACUGGACGAAGCAAUAGCCGACGCGAAGGCCUCGCUCAUCUGCGGCGACGACGAGCGGUCUCAGGAGCUCGACAGCAAGGCCUACUUCCGCGCGGGCUGCGCCGCGUACAACCUGGGUCGCUUCCAGGAGGCGAAGGGCCUCUUCGAGGAGAGGCUGAAGCUCGCUCCCGAUAACAAGGAAACGGGCGCGCUCCUGCGGAAGAUCGAGCUGCGCUUGCGCGAGGAGCAGACGGGGAAGUACGACUUCAACAAGAUCCGGGCGGGGCUCUCGCGGGCGCGCCCGCGGGCUGACGUGGCCAGUUUCCUCCGCCACACCGAGGUCCGGGACAGCCCGGGGCGAGGCCGCGGGCUGUUCGCGACGCGCGACCUCGCCGCGGGGGACGUGGUGCUGUGCGAGAAGGCGUUCUGCGUGGCGUGGGGGCACGAAGACGAGGCGCUGACGGCGAUGACGUACGACGUGCGGGACGGGCAGAUGCGGGUGUCGCCGGUGGGGCUGGCGGAGGCGAUCGUGCAGAAGCUGCUGGGCAACCCGUCGCAGACGGGCGGCGUGCUGGCGCUGCACGGGGACUACCGGGGCGCGGGGGACGUGUUCGCGACGCGCGACGGCCCCGUCGUCGACACCUUCCGCGUGCACGACAUCGUGUCGCGCAACGCGUUCGGGCCGGGCAGCCAGUACGGCGAGCGGGGCGCGCGCGACGCGAGCACCGGGCUGUGGACGCGCGCCGCGUACAUGAACCACUCGUGCGUGCCGAACGCGCGCAAGGAGUACGUCGGCGACCUGAUGGUGGUGCGCGCGCUGCGCCCCGUCGCCGCCGGCGAGGAGCUCUUCCACAGCUACGACGAGUCCGCCGACUACGCCGCGCGCGCCGCCGCCCUGGCCAACACCUGGGGCUUCGCCUGCGACUGCGCGCUCUGCGCCGCCGAGCGCGCUGACGGCCCCGCCCUGCGCGACAAGCGCCGCGACCUCGCCGCCGAGGCCGAGGCCUUCGUCGCCGCCGAGCCCUGGGCCGGCGCCAGGCGCCUCACCAUCGUCAAGGCGCAGCGCCUCGCCCGCGCCAUCGAGAACACCUACGACGCCGAGAGGUACGCCGGCGUGCCCCGGCCCGCGGCACAGAGGAUCCAAGACUGGCUAGCUAGGGCAACGCCGCGGCGAUAGCGUCGGUGUUUCGUAGUUGGAGGCCAUAUGGCAUAAAUAGCAUAAUCCCAUAGACACACCAUAUGCACACGUAUCGCAUAUCCGCGAUGUCGAACGUGUUUUUUUAUUAUUCGU